AGCUUUUCUUGUGUAUAUCCGAGUUUUGUAGUCGGAGAUGUGGAGAAAAACAGAGAAAACCUACGGUGAAGAAGAGAAGAAAAAAAGAAAGAUGCUUUUGAGUUAAGAGUUCAUUCAUGCAUUGGGCAUCCUUUGAGAAUUUGCGUUGUUACGGCGUUGGAGCGAUUUUCCAGGACGGAGAAGGGAGAUUUUCCCAGGCAAUAUCGGGACAUCAUGCUGGACUGUGUCCUCCGGGGAUCGUUGAGGCGGUUGCGGUGAGGGAGGCGCUGUAUUGGGCAACCGAGCACUUCCAGAAAAGAGGAGUUAUCUUCACUGACUCCGAGCAAAUUGCCUCUGCUCUGCAUAUAAGGACAGGAUGGACUUCUCGGAGAUGGGGGCUGUCCUCGAGGAAUGUAAAGGCGUUCUUCAAGCUAGACAUGAUAUCAAAAUAAGAUGGGUUCGUAGGCAAACCAAUAUGGAAGCUCACUCUCUUGCUAGAGCUUUUGUCACGCUAGGCCAUGUGUUUGGGACGACCACUUCCCAACCCUUCUGUACGAGCAAUCAUAUCAAUAAUAUGUUCUUGGUUUUUACUUCAGAAAAAAAAAAAUUCUCGAUUUAAG